CUGACGGUUUCGCGAAUCGCUGGCUCUUCCUCUCCCUCUCAAUCUCGAGACACCCGUUUUCUCUUCUUCGAUCGAUCGGAGUCCCGAGAGCACGAGGGUCUGGUCGCCCGCCAUCACAAGAUCACCAAAAGCUUCGCGAAUCACCUGCUCUUUCUCUCCCUUUCGAUCUCGAGACCACGAGAAGCCCACUCCGCCAGGCUCCAGGUCCCAGAUCGCGACCGCCCGGAGGAUGACAACGACGAUUUCAACUCUGCCUCCGCCGCAGGAGCCCCGAUGCCCCGCCACCAAGUAACAACCCCACCACCCAACAGCUCUUCACGGAGAGCAAGGGGCCGGAGCUCAUCCCAUCGGCGGCACCGCCUGAUCAGUAGCUGA